GUGAUGUUGAGCGAUGGGCAGCGGUUCACUCAAGCAAUGUUGGCUUCUCAAAACAAUCACUUCGCUAUCGAUGGUUAUUUGACAAAGAAUUGUAUCAUAAAAGCCACCCGCUUCAGCCGGAGCAAAGUGCAGGACAAGACUAUCAUCAUUAUCCUGGCGAUGGACGUGGUGAAACAGGAGAAAGAGAGACUCGGAAUGCCACAAUCCAUCCUUGAUGAAGGACCGACCUUUGCUCAGCCCGCAACCCCAACGUCUACGAAAACAUCAACCAUUAACAAGAUCUCAGCUGGGGCCGCUACGAAAAGUUUCACCAAAGCGUCCGGAUUGAAGGGCGAGCCCACCAUUACUCCCAUCAACCAGCUUUCGCCCUACCGAAAUCAGUGGACCGUCAAAGCACGAAUCACGAAGAAGUCUGACGUACGAAAAUGGUCAAAUGAGAGGGGAAGCGGGUAUUUGUUCAACUGCACCAUGACGGAUGAAACGGGAUCCAUCAAGGCAACGGCCUUCAUGGAGCAGUGCGACAGAUUGCUGAAGGAAAUUGAAGAAGGAAAGGUAUACUAUAUUUCCAAAGGAAAAAUUCUUCCUGCCAAGAAGAUAUACAAUACCACAGGCUGUGAUUAUGAGAUCACGUUCAACGAAAGCACCAAUGUUGAACUAUGCAACGAUGACUCCAAUAUGCCUGGGGGGUUCUCAUAUACCGUCUUGGCAAAUCUGGGUGAUCUGAGCAAAGACGACACAUGCAAUGCUAUAGGGGUAGUCCGAAGUCGAUGGCGUACGUGGAAUAAUCAUGAAGAAAACUCAGCUCCCCAUGCACAUAUCAUCAUUGUUGAUCAUUCUGGGUUCAGCUGCAAAGUCACGUUAUGGGGCAAGGUCGCUGAAGACUUCGACGUCAAGGACCAGCCGGUGAUUGCCCUCCGCCAUGUGAAAGUCGGAGACUAUCAUGGGCGCGACCUUAACUUCCAAGGCGAUUCCAGCAUGACACUCAAUCCAGACCUGAAAGAAGCGCACUUCCUCCGCGGAUGGUACGAUGCCAAUGGAUUAACUUAUAAGUUCCAGCCCUGUCAGGGUGCAUCUGGUUCAGGCGAAAGCGGAUUGGUCAAUCAUAGUCAGUUAAUGACGUUAGAGGAAGUGAAGUCCAAGAAUAUUGGUAUAAAGACGACCAGCUACUUCACGGUUAAACUGAGAGUGAAAGCAACCCCACGCAUAAAGGAGGAAAACCGUCAUAUGCCGAUUUCCUAUCCUGCAUGUCGAUCCGAAGACUGCGUGAAAGGUCUCUCUUACGACGAUUCCGACAGAAAGUGGCAUUGCGCCAAAUGCAGUGGUUGUUUCGACGCACCAGAGUACCGAUACUUGAUGAGGAUUUCCCUAGGAGAUCACAUGGGAUCGGCCUGGUUUAACAUUUAUGACAAUGUGGGAAAAUUACUGUUCGAGAAGAAAGCGGAAGUCCUGGAACAGAUGAAAGUGUGGCUGGGAAUUUCCUAA